UUAGCAGUGUUCCUCCUGCCGUCCUAAAACCCUAGCCCCCCGCCUCCACCUCCACCGCUCGCCUCCUCUCCCACGCGGCCACAGCACGCCAAGCCUUCCGGCGCCGAAAAAUGGGCCACAGCGACGGGGAGCACGAGCUCGAGGGCGACGACCUCUCUGCCGACGACACUUCCUGGAGCGACGGCGUCUGGUCCGAGGACGCCGACGAGGAGUCGGUGUCAUUCGAGGACAGCGGCUCCGGCUCCGGCUCCGACGCCGAUUCUGACGAGGCGGCGGCGGCGGAAGAGAGCGACUCUUCGGAGGAUGAGGUGGCUCCAAGGAACACCGUGGGGGACGUGCCUCUGGAGUGGUACAAGGAGGAGGAGCACAUUGGGUAUGACAUUGAUGGGAGGAAGAUCAAGAAACGUGAUAGGGAGGGGCGCAUUGAAGCAUACCUCAGGAACGCUGAUGAUGCCAAGAAUUGGAGAAAGAUCUAUGAUGAGUAUAACGACGAGGAGGUUCAGAUUACAAAGGAAGAGGCUAAGAUAAUUAGUAGAUUGUUAAAGGGAAAGACUCCACAUGCUAAUGUUGAUCCAUAUCCGGAUUAUGUUGAUUGGUUUGAAUACGAGGAUAAAGGCCAUCCGCUUUCUAGUGCCCCUGAGCCAAAGAGGCGAUUUGUGCCUUCAAAGUGGGAGCAGAAGAAGGUUGUUAAACUUGUGAGGGCUAUUCGUAAUGGAUGGAUAAAGUUUGACAAGCCAAAGGAGGAAUCUAACUUAUAUCUGUUAUGGGGAGAUGAAAAUGAUACAGCAGAGAAUAAGCGGCAUGGCUUGAGCUACAUUCCUGCUCCUAAACCUAAUUUACCUGGUCAUGAAGAGUCAUAUAAUCCUUCUGUUGAAUACAUUCCCACACAAGAGGAAAUAGAUUCAUACCAGCUUAUGUAUGAGGAGGAUCGUCCGAAGUUCAUUCCAAAACGAUUUGAGUCCCUUCGGAGUGUACCUGCAUAUGAGAAGGCACUGAGGGAAGGUUUUGAUCGGUGUCUUGAUCUUUAUCUAUGCCCUAGAGCCCGCAAAAAGCGUAUAAAUAUUGAUCCUGAGUCACUCAAGCCAAAAUUACCGAGUAAAAAGGAUUUGAGGCCAUACCCAAAAACUUGUUACCUUGAGUUCAAGGGCCAUACGAGUCGUGUGAAAUCCAUUUCAGUUGAAAUAACAGGGCAGUGGCUUGCAUCUGGUUCUUGCGAUGGUACAAUUCGUGUUUGGGAGGUUGAAACUGGUCGCUGUGUUAAAGUUUGGAAUGUCGGAGGUGAUGUCCAUCAUAUUGCCUGGAAUCCAUCACCUGACAGGCCUAUUCUUGCUGCUAUUGUUGGACAUGACCUGCUACUUAUUAAUGCUGAGGUGGGGAGUGAAGAAGCGCAAAUGAAGGCAAAAGAACUCCUCAAGAUAGGUGAAAUGGCUCCUCAAGAUGAUACUGAUGAUAAGAAACCAGCUGUGAGGUGGAUGAAACAUGAAAAACUUGAUGGAAUCAUGAUGAUUCAUCAUAAGGCUGUGUCAAAUGUGGACUGGCAUUUUAAGGGAGAUUACUUCACCACAGUUGUGCCAAGUGGUGAUACAAGAGCUGUAUUGUUGCAUCAGCUCACGAAAAAGCACUCGCACCAUCCUUUCCGUAAACUGCCAGGCCUUCCAGUUGCUGCUACAUUCCAUCCAAGUCAGAAGAUGUUCUUCGUUGCUACUAAGAAGUUUGUUCAGGUUUAUGAUCUCCAAAAGGCACAGUUGGUAAAGAAGCUGGAGUCAGGUCUCCGUGAGAUUUCCUCAAUCUCAAUCCAUCCUGGUGGUGAUAAUGUUAUUGUGGGAAGCAAAGAUGGCAAACUAUGCUGGUUUGAUACUGAUCUAUCUACGAGACCAUACAAGACUAUGAAGGUCCACUCGAAGGAUAUUACCAAUGUUACUUUUCACCGAAAGUACCCUCUUUUUGCCUCAUCCUCUGAGGAUUGUACUGCCUAUGUAUGUCAUGGAAUGGUCUAUUCUGAUCUUAACCAGAACCCACUUAUUGUACCAUUGGAAAUUCUUCGUGGCCAUUCUAGUUCAGAUGGACAAGGGGUUUUGGACUGCAAGUUCCAUCCAAAACAACCUUGGUUGUUCACCGCUGGUGCUGACUCUGUGAUUAGACUGUACUGCGACUAAGCAUUCCUGCAAGGAUGAUACCUGUUUUGCCAGGCAAUAUGAUGGUCAGCCAGUCGUUGGGCCUCUGUAUGGUGAUGAUUGCUAUAUUCCAGUAUCAAGUCCCUAACUGAAUCCUGGACAAUGUGGCGGACGGUGCACGUGUGUGAAGCCAUCAGCUUCAUAGCAGUUUUGAUUCCGUUGACUGGUGGAUCUUAUAUUUGAAGAGAAGAGAAAUGUUGAAAUGAGGGGCGGGGGGUAGCUUUGAAGAGGAACACCUGUAGCUGGUAACAGUAAUACGAAAACAAUAUUUUGAACUGUCCCAAAGUCAAUGUUAGUGUUUGGGACAGCAUUUGAAAGUUUUCCAAGCCUGGGGCAUCAACCGUUCCAGAAGCUGUUUAGGUGGUCUAAGGGUAUAUUCUUCAAAGUCGUGUGGAAGCUGAAUCUAGCAGAUGUAAAACUAAUAUCAUCGCUGAAUUUGUACCAUGAAUCUGCUUGUAAUACUAAACACUGUUUGCCAUGCUGUACCAAAGCUCAGAUCUUUACCCCAGCUGCUGCAAUUGCAAAAUUGAUGUACUAUCUGUGUGUAGCUAGAAUGAAUAACAGAGCAGUUUUAAGAGCAAAGAGAUUGAGAA